AUGAAUAAAUACUCUUUAAGAUUUGACAACCCUAAAAUGGAAAACCUAUAUUUUUAAGAUUAAUUCGAAGAAUUAUUUAACUUUUAUACUUGGGCUUGUUGUUUAGGUACAAUAAGUGCGAUAUGUGUUUUUACUAUGGAAUUUGUUGUUCCAUUUGGGUUUGGAUUUUGGAAAUAUACAUUAAUAAUGAUUCCACUAGGCUUUGGAUUUAGUCAUAGACUUAUAAAAAUAUUGCCUUAAUACUUUAAUUAUGUUUUGGCUAUGAUGAAUAUUUCAUUAGGUGGUCUAAUUUUCAUUUUACUAUAUUUUUUCUCUCAUUCCGAUAUUCUCUUUUUAGCAGGAUAAACUGUUGCAAUGAUUCAAUACAGUUUGCUUUUGGGCUCAAAUAUCGUUAUCAACAUAUUGGUUUUAUUAAUAAAUUAGAUAGGAUUGAUGAUAUUAGGUUCAAUAAUCCAGAAUUAUUUUAAUUCAUUAUAAUUAAUGUUUAUUUUGGCAUUAGUAUUAGUAUUAAAAUCAAUUUGGAGCAGUGAAAAAAUGAAAAGAUAAUUUUUUUUACUGAAGCAUUAAAAUUUUCAAUUACACAAAUAAUUAGAUAAUGUAUUUUCAUUAAAAAUUUUAAGAUGUAAAUUUGAUAAGAAAUUGAAUCAAUUACUAUUAGUAGAUAUAAAUAAAUAAGCAGAAAAGAUAAUUUAAGAUUAAAAAUAAUUUCUAUAAUUUAUUAGACAAUAUUCAAUAGUUUAAAUUAGAUCUCUCUCAUAACCAUUCUAAAUAUUAACUAAUAGCUAAAGAUUUUUGUAUAGAACAUAAAAUUUAGAAUAAAUACUUUAUAAUAUGCUUGGAGGAGAUGAUAAAGAGAAAUCAUCAGAAAUUUAUUCUGAAACAACUAAAAUAGCAUAUAGAAUAGGCAUUUAUAAAAUUAUAGAAAAAAAUUCAGUUCAUUUAAUUUUGCUACUUUAAGAAGAUUCAGAAUACUAAAAGAUAUUAAAAUUAAAUAAAGAUAUAAGAAAGAAAAAUCGUAAUUAAAGAUUAUUGAUUGUUUGCCUUGAAAAUGCUAAAAAAUCCUUAUAAAUAUUAAAGUAUUUGACAAAUGAAAUAAUUGACUAAAAAGAGAAGGUCUAUUAAAAUCUAUUAAUAAAAACUAAAACAAUUAGUUUAAUUUCUCUUUCAUAGAGUAUUUUAUUUAAAUCAAUUCAUGGAUAUUAUAAUUUUCUAAUUCUCAAUAAAAUGCAUCAAUAAUUUUAAGAAAUAAUUUAAUUUAAUAUAGAAAAGUUAAUAUAUGAUUUACAUAAAUUGAGAUGUGUAUUUUGUAAUAUAAAGUAAUUAACUAUUACAUUUGAAGGUGAUAAUUCAUAAUGUUAAUCAAAUUAUGUUUUAACAUUAUAAUUGAUUUUAAAUUUACUCAAAGAUUAAUUUAGCAAUCGAACUUAUAAAAAUAUUUCAAUACAAGUAGAUUAUAUAUUUAUUCUAGACUUAACUUUAAGAAUAAGAAAAGGCUAAAGUGAUUAACUAUAAGAUAUUUUUAUUCACAAGUGAAAAAAUUGAAAAAGUUUACAAUCCUAUAAAUAAAAUAAUUAUAAAUUAAUCUAGCUACCUAAAGAAAAUCAACAAAAAAAUAUUAGAAAUUAUUGGAUGGAAUAAAUAAAUAAUAAUAACUCACUAAAUAAAUUUUGACUUAAUUGAAUUUAAUCUUAUUCAUUCACUUGAAGAGUUUAAAGAAGUAAUUAAGAAUUGA